AUGGAGAGUGGCCACCUCCCUCCCACCUCUUCUUCACGCCCCAAAUUUUCCUCCUCCUCCUCUUUUACUUCCUCUCCAUCCAACGACCCUGUUGUCGACGAUCAUCGACCUGUUCACAUUCAUCUUCGUUACUACGAUGGGUGGAACGGAAGCCCCGACUCGGGAUGGCUCAUCGACUCGGGAUGGGACUCCUCUGACCUCGACUUCGGGGAAGAGGAGCCGGACAGAUUUGCCCAUCUCGGCAAAGCCUCAGUGGACUCUCCGUUGAAAUCCGCAUUGGAAGACCGAAAGUCUUCAAAGAUCAGAUCGAAAAAGCUGAAGCUCAACUCGAACGCGCCGGGCACUCAGGUGCUCCUGUCGCUCAGAAGGGGACGAAGGGUGAGCCACAGAAGAACAGGGACGUCGCGAUUGGAGAAGUAUGGAUCCAUAAUCCAACGUCUGCUGUCCCAUCAAACUCCUACUCAUCUGGGCUCUGCGUGUAGGCGCGGUCCCCCAGACAAGCUGGGACGAACUCCUCACCAACCUGCGCGCAACAAAGUCCAUGCUGUCUGUUGGACUCGGCCAGACUACCCAGGUUUCUGCGUCAUGUAUCAUGGUAAAGGGUUCAACUUACGCUACGACGCCCCCGCCACCAUAGCUGUGGGAACAAGAACUCUGGCUCGUGGUGCGGCGCUCGUCGGACUCAUGGGGUACGCUACAUCACACGACAUUCGUCGCGGCGCGGCGCGAGAGUUAGCAGGCAUAGCUGCUACUGGCACGAACGUCGAGGCUGCUCGGGUUGGCCUGGGCCACUCUCGCAGAACGAUGUUUGAGGGUGUCACCGAUGAGUAUAUUGGCGGCGCCAGAGUCACUGCUGGAAGAAAACUCGAGCAGGAACAUUUUCAGGCAUGGCUCGCCGAGCAGGAAGCAACUCGGAACGGGGCUCCAUCUCCUCCCACCACUGCCCCGGAGUGUAUGAUGCCACCCGGGCAGUCUACAUCGUCCACCGAGGGUUGUCUCGCAGAGUCUGAUCUUGAAGGAGACAUGCCCAUUGAUCCGGUACUGGGGAACUUGCAAAGUUUGCUCUUCGGUGAACCCAGCGAUGCCCAAGAGGCCAUCGUGCGGCAAACUGGCCUAGCUGCUGGUCAUUCAGUCGAGAUACCCGACAGCUGCAAAGUCAUAUUGGCCGACAGAGCAGCUUUUAUGACAUUCUUCUCUCAAGUCAAUGCUACUACUGCGCAGUUGCCAGCCUUCAACAGACGCAAUCACAUGCCAUCCAUGUCAGGGCACACAUCCAGGAGCGAGCCAUCCAGACACCAGUGGCGGUGCGCAAACCACGCUUGGGUGCGAAGGGAGUUUUGA